UGACGUAUUGCUCGCGCGCCAAAGCCGGAAGAGGAUGUUGUCUCAUUUUGAUGACGUCUUGUGUUCCGACUCCACGUAGCUUCAGAUUGAUAAGAAUUGCAGGAAAACAUGGCGGAAACGGAGGAGAAGCCGGAUGACGGAAGCAAACAGCUGUUUGCAGGAUUGUCAGAUGUUUCCAUAUCAGGAGAUAUUCCAGUGGAGGGGGAGAUCACGGUUCCUAUGGCCUCACAGUCACAGGAAGAGGAUUUUUCUACAUUGGAUGAACCAGUUCGAGAAACCAUUAUGCGGGACCUAAAAGCUGUUGGACAGAAGUUUUUUCAUGUUAUGUACCCUAAAAAAAGUAAUGCACUUCUGAGGGACUGGGAUUUAUGGGGCCCUCUCGUACUUUGUGUCUCCCUAGCAUUAAUGCUUCAAGGUGGCAAUGCAAACAGCAAAGAUGAUGGAGGUCCCCAGUUUGCUGAAGUGUUUGUAAUCAUCUGGUUUGGGGCCGUGGUCAUCACACUAAAUUCUAAGCUUCUUGGUGGAACCAUUUCAUUCUUCCAAAGCCUGUGCGUGUUGGGAUACUGCAUCUUGCCCCUCACAGUGGCCAUGCUCAUAUGUAGGCUGCUACUCUUAGCAAAAGUGGGCCUGACAACUUUCAUCCUGCGACUGGUCAUAGUGGCAGCAAUGUUUGCCUGGUCUACAUUUGCCUCAACUGCCUUUCUGGCAGACAGUCAGCCACCUAACCGGAGAGCCUUGGCUGUCUACCCCAUAUUCCUCUUCUAUUUUGUCAUCAGCUGGAUGAUCCUGACAUUCAACCCUUCUCCUCUUUAGUUCUGAAUUUCCUGUAAUUACAGAAGGACUUGAAUAGGCUUGAAGAAUGGGACUCUAUUGGUAAAAUGAAGGCCACAUAACAUCGAUAUCUAAGUAGCCACCAACACUAACGCUGAAAAGGAAGCAGGGAUAAUGCACUGGUGUGUGCAUGAGGCUUUGGUGUCGUUUUUGUAUAUAGCCAUGCACUAAA